AAGCGAUUAGAAUGAAAUAAAGCGGAAUCCAAUCAGGCGCUGACGGAAAAACGCGUGGCGAAUAUGAAAAAUAAAAUAAAAAAUAGAAGAGAAGAAAAGGAGCGGUUGAGUUGAAAUAGCCGGCGCGUACUCUCGUCAACGUAACGCGCGUGGUGUGUUUUUUUCGCGAGUCACUAGAGAAGAAGAUUUGAGCUUUUUGUCUUCCGUUGUGAUCCGAGAAUCGGGAUUCGGUCGGACGGUAGAGAUUGUGAUCGGAUUAUAAUGGUGAAGGAGACGGAGUUUUACGAUGUGCUCGGCGUCAGCCCCACCGCUACGGAGGCCCAGAUUAAAAAAGCUUACUACAUCAAGGCACGCCAAGUACAUCCAGAUAAAAACCCCAAUGAUCCUCAGGCUGCUCAUAAUUUCCAGGCAAGAAAACUCUGUAGUUUAAGUCUAUGGCUUCUUAGCGUAUUGUAUGUUUGGAAAAGUAUUGGAGUGGUGUUGGGAGAGGCCUACCAAGUACUAAGUGAUCCAGGGCAACGUCAGGCCUAUGACACAUAUGGGAAGUCAGGGAUUUCAACUGAGAUUAUUGAUCCGGCGGCAAUUUUUGCGAUGCUUUUUGGGAGUGAACUUUUUGAAGAAUACAUAGGGCAGCUUGCUAUGGCAUCAGUGGCUUCACUUGAUAUCCUCUCUGAAGGGGAUCAGAUUGAUGCUAAAAAAAUUAUAGAAAAAAUGAGGGCUAUUCAGAAAGAAAGAGAAGACAAGCUUUCUCAGCUUCUCAAGGACCGCCUCAACCUAUACGUGACGAACAAAGACGAAUUUAUUAGCAAAGCUGAAGCUGAAGUAGCAAGACUCUCAAAUGCAGCAUACGGUGUGGAAAUGUUGAACACAAUCGGAUAUAUAUAUGUAAGACAAGCGGCGAAAGAGCUUGGGAAAAAAGCUAUAUAUCUCGGUGUACCAUUCGUUGCUGAAUGGUUUAGGACGAAAGGUCACUUCAUCAAAUCCCAAGUAACAGCUGCAACAGGCGCAUACGCUUUAUUCCAGCUGCAAGAGGAAAUGAAAAGGCAACUUAGUGCUGAAGGAAAUUAUACUGAGAAGGAACUUGAAGAGUACAUGCAGACUCAUAAGAAAGUGAUGAUUGAUUCUCUGUGGAAACUCAAUGUUGCUGAUAUCGAAAGCACUAUCUCCCGUGUUUGUGAGCUGGUUCUUCAAGAUCCCACUGCCAAGCGAGAGGAGCUUCGUGCAAGGGCCAAGGGGUUAAAAACUUUGGGGAAGAUCUUCCAGAAGAACAAAAUAGCCAGUGAGAGUGAUCCUCUAGUAAGAGCGGAACUUCACAAGAUAAACGGAAAUGAUGAAGACCGUAAUGAUACAUCCACGUCUCCAAAAUCUGAUGAAGCAUCUCACUCUACAUUUGGGCCUCAGGAACCACAAAGCCCUUAUGUGGAAGCACCGAAGCUUGGAGAUGAGCAGUUUAACAUUUACUUCCCAAGGCCUGCGCCGCCUCCGGGAGCGCAGAGACACUCUUAAAACUGGCAAAUGAUUGUUUCAGAUAAGAGGCUGUGAGAGGUAUUUUCCCUUUUGUGCUAUAUAUAAUAUUACAUGUUUAAGCCUGUAUCAUAUUGAUAUAUUUGCAGGCGGUGGUAAUCAUUAUGUAAUUUAAUUAUUGUUAGUAGAAGAAAUUAUUGGAUCUUUUAAAAGCACAUGAAAUCUCAUCUUUGACAAUGUAUAAUGGUUUUAUUUUCUUUCUUUUUUCAAAUAAUAUACAUAUGAUGUUUG